GCCUUGUGGACACCACCAAGGACAGCACAGGGGAAAGCCGGGGUCCCUUCUGGCUUGGUCUACUGCAGAGACAACCUAGCAUUUGAGUACUCAUUGCUACUGGCCCAGGGCCCAGCAAGGCUUGGGAUGCAGUCCGGAGGUGCCGGGCAGGCGUAAGUGAGGUUGCCGGGAAGUUGCCACACAGUUGAGGAGGAGCAGAAAUCAGGUGCAGCAGUCACCCAUGCCUUGGCCUUGGGCAUGUCACCUCCUGUUGGCAUUGGUGUCUUGGGCCCUAAACGGAGAUAAUAAUGGUUCACCUCAGGGCUGUUGUAGGGAUGGAGAUGACAUCUGGGAGACCAGCAUGGCCAGCAAAGGACAUGGUCAAUAAAAGUGUCUGUAAUUCACUUGUUCUCACCCUCCCUGUCACAGUUGCUUUCUGCGGCCUGGUAAGAGUAAGAAAAGUUCAGGUAAAAAUCUCUGGGUGAUCCUGAUGGGGGUACAGGCUGGAUGCAGACCUGGGGAGCUGUCUGCUGGCCCUCUCUGGGGCAGGCAGUUGGCCUGUUUUCUUGUGAUGGCCUGGCUGAAACUUCCCUGGCCCAGGGCCUCUGGCACCAUUGCUGGCUCUCCCCUCGUUUGCUUUCCUCUCUCAGUUAUUGGGUAGUUGAUGGGGUCUGGUGCCCUGGGGUGAACCUGUUUACCCUACAGUGGACAUAGGCAGAAAGGGUCGGGAGUUCUGUUCCUCCUGGAGCUGUCCCGCUGAGGAAGGAGGAGACUUGCUUCAUCCGUUCUGAAGAGCAGGAAGCACCAAACCUCAGGCUCGUCCCUGGCAACCCGCCCCAAGGGUGGAGGCAGCCCAGACCCAGACAUGGCUUUGAAGGGCUGCUUACAUGACAGAGUCACUUCCCUGCCAGGUUGGGAUGGGGCCUUCAGGGCUUCAGUCAAGACUGGGCAUUCCUGUCGUACAGGUACUAGGAAGUUGCGAAAGGCCUGGCUGAUUUGGGACAGUUGGCUCCUCAGUUUAUCACUGCUCUGGGCCCCAGGCUCUGCUUUCCUUCAGCUCAGCCCCAACAACAAAGCUCUUCUGGAGCCCUCUCCUGCAAGGCAGGGCUAGCUGGGGCAGGUCCCAGGUGGGCAUCUGGGAUGUUGGGGAUCCGAGGCUGGCACUGAACAUGUCGGGGCUCUGGAAUCAGCUUAAGGUGGCUGGUUUCCAGGACAGGAGGUGGUUCUCAGUGGGCAUGGACUUGGGUGGAGAGGAGGCGGCAGAUGGGUGGAACUAGGGAGGAGCUCUGGUCAGCUGGGACACCUGGCUCCAGUUUAAAAGCCUGUAGUCCUUGCUUGUGUAGCCACUGCCCCAUCAUUCUUGCUCCUGAGGACUCAGCCUCAUGGCUCUGGCAAAGGUCCCUGGGACCUGCCUCCUCCUUGUGCGUGUCCUGCAGGCCCAUGGCCUGCCCUCCAAGGACCUGAUAAGCCAUUCAGACUGCUACGUAACUCUGUGGCUGCCCACAGCCUCCAGCCACAGGCUGCAGACACGCACUGUCAAGAACAGCAGAGACCCGGUCUGGAACCAAACCUUUCGCUUCCGAAUCCACAGCCAGCUCAAGAAUAUGCUGGAACUGAAAGUCUUUGACCGAGACCUGUGGACCAAGGAUGAUGCAGUGUUGUCGGUGGUGUUUGACGUGGGGACCCUGCGGGCUGGGGAGUUCCAGCACCAGAGCUUCUCCCUGAGUACUGAGGGUGAGAUGCAGCUGGAAGUAGAGUUUCGACUGCAGAGCUUGACAGACUGUGCAGAGUGUCUGAUCAGCAAUGGCAUCCUGGUGGCCCGGGAGCUCUCCCGCUUACACGUUCAGCUGGAAGAGGUGGGGGACCGGGAAGGGUCAGAGAGCAAGGUUCAGCUUGUGGUUCCAGGGUCCUGUGAGGGUCCGCAGGCGGCCUCUGUGGGCACUGGCCCUUUCCGCUUCCACUGCCUGGCUUCCUGGGAGCAAGAGUUGAACAUUCACCUGCAGGACGACCCCCACAAGCAACUGAAGGUGCCGCUGCAGGCCCUGCCCUCUGGCCAGCUGGUGAGGCUGGUCUUCCCCACAUCGCAGGAACCCAUGCUGAGGGUAGAACUGAAGAAAGAAGAAUGUCCGAGGGAGCCGGCUGUGCGGCUGGGCAGUGGGCCCUGCACUGAGGAGCAGGCCUUCCUGAGCAGGAGGAAGCAGGUGGUGGCCACGGCCCUGAAGCAGGCCCUGCAGCUGGACAGAGACCUGCAGGAGGAUGAGGUCCCAGUAGUAGCCAUUAUGGCCACGGGCGGUGGGAUCCGGGCAAUGACAUCCCUGUAUGGACAGCUGGCUGGUCUGAAGGAGCUGGGCCUCCUGGACUGCAUCUCCUACAUCACAGGGGCCUCAGGCUCCACCUGGGCCUUGGCUAAUCUCUAUGAGGACCCAGAGUGGUCUCAGAAAGACCUGUCAGGGCCCACUGAGUUACUGAAGACACAGGUGACAAAGAGCAAGCUGGGCGUGCUGGCUCCUAGCAAGCUGUGGCAGUACCAGCAGGAGCUGGCCGAGCGCACCCGCCUAGGUCACCCCCCCUGCUUCACCAACCUGUGGGCCCUCGUCAAUGAGGCACUACUGCAUGAUGAGCCCCACGACCACAGGCUCUCAGACCAGCAGGAGGCCCUGACUCGUGGCCAGAACCCUCUGCCCAUCUACUGUGCCCUCAACACCAAGGAGCAGAGCCUGACAACCUUUGAGUUUGGAGAGUGGUGUGAGUUCUCCCCCUAUGAGGUUGGCUUUCCCAAGUACGGGGCCUUCAUCCCUUCUGAGCUCUUUGGCUCCGAGUUCUUCAUGGGGCGGCUGGUGAAGCAGCUCCCGGAGUCCCGCAUCUGCUUCCUGGAAGGUAUCUGGAGCAACCUUUAUGCAGCCAGUCUCCAGGACAGCUUGUACUGGUCCUCAGACCCUAGCCAGUUCUGGGACCGCUGGGCCCAGGAUCGGGCCAACCUGGACAAAGAGCAGGUUCCCCAUACAAAAAUAGAAGUGCCACCCACGGCAGCUGGCCGGAUCGCCGAGUUCUUCACCAACCUUCUCACGAGGCGCCCACUCGUCCAGGCCACCCACAACUUUCUUCAUGGCCUCCACUUCCACAAGGACUAUUUCCACCAUCCCCACUUCUCUGCCUGGAAAGCUUCCAAACUGGAUGGGCUCCCCAACCAGCUGACACCCAUGGAGCCCCAUCUUUGCCUGCUGGAUGUGGGCUAUCUCAUCAAUACCAGCUGCCUGCCCCUCCUACAGCCCACCCGGGAUGUGGACCUCAUCCUGUCGCUAGACUACAACCUCCAUGGAGCCUUCCAGCAGCUGCAGCUCCUGGGACGCUUCUGCCAGGAGCAGGGGAUCCCGUUCCCUUCCAUUUCGCCCAGCCUGGAGGAGCAGAGCCACCCUCGGGAGUGCCACGCCUUCUGUGACCCUACCCAGCCGGAGGCCCCUGCUGUGCUUCACUUCCCUCUGGUCAACGACUCCUUCCGGGAGCACUCAGCCCCUGGGGUGCGGCGGACACCCGAGGAGAAGAUAGCCGGGGAGGUGGAACUGUCUUCUACCAGCUCACCUUACCACUACAGCAAGGUGACCUACAGCCCCGAAGACACGGAUAAGCUGCUGCGCCUGACGCGCUACAACAUCUGUAACAACCGGGAGCGGCUGCUGGAAGCCCUGCGCCAGGCGGUGCAGCGGCGGCAGCAACGGAGGUUCCAGUGAUGGUAGGAGGAGCCCAGGCUGGGCCUGGCCCACCCUUUUCGCUGUGGUUCCGAGUCUGGACCCAGACAGCGUUGCUCUGAGUUCUGGUGCCUCUGGGAACCUUGAUGCUCAGGGCUGUCCAGAGGUGGCCACCAGCAACCCUGGCACAGGAUCCAGGCUGAGGGCCUGCAGGAGGCUGGGAGCAGCCUGGCUCUUUGUGGCUGUGACCAGAGCCCAGGUCCCCACCGAGUGGACUGGAGCUGCCUUCCUCAGACAGGCCAGGCUCAGAGGCCUUGUGCAGGCCAAGGGGAGUAUGAGGACAAGCAGAGCACUUUACAUUACAAAACACUUGCAAACAGAAUGCACUGUCCUAGGUCGUCUAUCCUUCCAGGCUCUUGGUUAAAAAAGCAAAGCAACCAUGGGCCAGGGAUUUAGCUCAAUGGUGCAAGAUCCUGCGUUUGAUCCCCAGUAUCAAAAAAAAGAGGAAAGCAACCUGUUAUCUCCCUGGUCACACGCUGUGGCCCUGCCCUGUCCAGCUCAGCCGGCCAGAGGGCUGGUGCUGCCUCAUGCAAGGGAUAGGCUUGGGAUCAGAUGAACUAGACAUCAGUGACAGUGGCUUCACUAGCAGGCUGUUGACAUGGGGGGGCACAUUCACCAGACAUUGUUCUGGAAGCUGGUCCACGGUAGCCCUUGUUCCUGUAGCUGAGUGUCACCUGGUCCCCUACAGUGAGUCUUCCCUUUCGGCUUCGAGGUUUGGUGUGGCCUUGGGGGUCAUUUCAAGGUCUGGCCUGCUGAGGAAAUGGAGACCAUCGAUCAGUACCUCUGGUCACCCUCCCCUGGAGACUCUACUCACUUUGCUGAAGUGUGGGGAGUGCUAGGAGCUGUCAGGCAGCCACAGGACGACCGUAGUUAGGUGAACAGGAGAUAAUAUCCUUGAUUCUUGUGACCCAGCUUCUGUGUCUUGCUGGGCAUGUAGGGGCCUCAGGGCAGCAGAAAUGACUAUCCUGGUACCCCAGUAGGUACAGAAGGCCUCCUUACCACGUGUCACUUGAAUCCUAAAUUGGGCCCUUUGCGCUCUGUAGGAAUGAAUGGAUGACUGUGCCAGAGAGACAGCCAUCCCUAGCUGCUGCCUGGUAGGUGACAGGCCAUGACAUCUGGGCUCAUUCUGAGAGCUCCUGCCUGGGGAGUGUGACCAUGCCUUGCCCAUCUCCAGCACCAAGUGGCGGGGAGGGAAAAUGGAAGUAGGUGAUGACAGGAUUUGCAGGAGGCUGAGGACCCUAGAAAGGAGCCUGUUUCUUUGCUUCAGCCUGCAAGCUCUCCCAGCCUUGGCACAUGUGCCCCCAUAACCUGCAGUUGAGGAGCAGGGGGACAAACUGGCAGGAGGCUGGGUUGUCCUGCAAAUUCUGUCUUGGUGAGGGAAGGGAGAAAGGGGGCCAGAAAGUGAGGAUGGCAAGGGCCCUGGAUAGACAAGGCCAGCCAGGGUCCCCAGCAGUGCCCAAGGGGAAGCCAGAAUGCCACUGAUCUGAGGCUGGCGGGAGCAGGAGAGAGGCCUGGGCUGUCACUCGGGGCCUCCCAUUGCAUAGGUGGAGUGAGCCCCUGUUGGGGGACAGCCCUUAGGUUGGGGGAAAGGGAGCCUUGUGGCCUGGUUUUGCACCCAAACCAGCAGGUCUUAGGGCUUCCUGUUUCCCUCAGCCCCUCAGGGCAAGUGGAGUCCUAGGACUAUGGGCUGAAGAGAACAUAGGUGUUAGGGAGCGCAGGAGCCUGGCUGGGGUGUCUUACCUGAGUAGAGCAGCUGCACUUUGUGCCCGAGAUGCUGCCCCUGGGUUCUGCGCUCUGAUCCUGGGCCGGAGAGCAAGGGAAGGACAGUUACCCUGGCCUGGACACUACACUGUCCCAGGCAGCUGGCCCUGGGGAGGGACCUGCCUGUACCCAGUCUUUCCCAAAUGGAUGGAUAGACAUGUCAAAAGAGCAGAGCACUCAAAAGUAGGCAGGGCCCCAGUGUGUCCAGCCUCCCAGCUGGCAGUGGCAGGUGCUCAGAUACUAAGGAAAUGGUCUCUGGGCUUCGAGAAAGUCUCAAGAAUGGAGCCAGGAUCCAGAGGCUGGAAGGAACCCCAGCCCCCUCCAGAUGUUCCCUGCCAGAUACACGAUGAAGACAGAAUGACCUAAAGGGGUGCCUUCUCCAUAUUCCUCCUGCUCACACCUCUGUAGAGUAGCCUUGGGAGAUGUCUGUGUGAGUUUCGAGACACCCCCAGGAUUAGCUCAUAGCCAGGAAGUUCUUGGGGGAGCAGAAUCCACAGGGCCUGGCAGGGCUUGAGGGGGAGCCCUGUCUCAGAGUGGCAGACUCCUGAGGGCAGAGUGGGACUAGGAGGCGACUGGGGUCACAACUGGCUCCCCGCUGCUGGGGCUGCUUUGCCAAGUAUCUUCAGCCAAGUUGUUUAACUUCCCUGGGCCCUGUUCUUAGGGUCAGAGACUGACCACAGCCUGGGCGCCAGGAUGCGGACACUGCCUUGGUCCCCACCCUCUCGUGUUACCCUGUGCCGCCCAGGGCUCACUGCUGGUGCUCAGUCUGCCUUCACGUGGUACUGACGACAGGAUGUGCACCCCACCGCUCUGCCUGGCACCCAGUCGGGGGUUAAACUCCCCUUCCUGCUGCCUGAGUUGGGCCUCUCACCUUAAGGAGAAUGUGUGUCUCCUGCCGCUGUGGUCUGUUAGCCUCACACUCGGCUCCCCUGAGGUCGAGAAGGGCCAGGGAAGCCACUUCCUAAGGAGAGAUGAGGGGUAGGAGUCACGGUGGCCACCUCAGCUUCCCCCGUGGGGCUCCUCCUGUCCUCUGGCCACUUCACCUAGUCUCCAGCCCUGCUGCUGUGUACUGCCUCCGCUGCUUCUCUUAAGAACAGGCUCCUGGCACCUGUACCAGGAGCCGGUGCUAGGCUUUGGAGAGGUGGUGGGGAGGCCACCUGUUGUGGGAGGCUACGGCUAGGGCCUCCUAGGGAAUGUCCUGGGCUGGACCAUGGUCCCCUCAGGGAAGCAGCAGUAGGAGCCACUGACGGAAACAGAGAAGCCUCAUCCCUUUCUGGUGGGAUGGCUGUGGGCUCUGCCCAAGUUUACAGGUGCCCCUCUGGGUACUAGCUGCUGGCACCUGCCUCCCCCGUGGGCAUUUAAGCUCCGGAGACCCCGCCAUGGUAAGGUACCCUUUGCCUCCUGGAACUGCAAGGUGGGACCCAGGCAAUGUCAGGCCAGCAGACCACAGGCCCCUUCUACCCAGCUCUCCUAGGGCUGUGCUCCUGCAACUGCUCCACCUCCACCUCCACCUUGGGGUGGGGGGCAAGGGGAGUCUGUCUGGGCAGACCAGCCAUUCAGCCUCUGCACCGCACUCUGAAGAGUGCCCAUCUUCUCAGGUGCCCCGUGUCUGACUUACUGCCCAGGAGCCCUGCCAUGUGGGCCGAGUGGAGGACUGUUCCCACCAACAGACCCACCCCCAUCUUGGUAUACCUGCCUCCUCUAUUGCCUGGCACCGCACCUCUGUCCUCUUCUGCAGCUGGGCACUUCUCCUGGGCUGCCAGAAGUGUCUCUUAAAUGCUCAUGUCUAUGGAGCAGCCCCUCCACAUCCAAAAGAGUGCUGAGACAGGCAGGUCAGGCUGAGGCCAGCUCUCAGGUCCCAGGGCCCUUCCCUCACCCUCUACUGCCCAGCCUGGGCGGUCAGAGAGUAGGACAGCAGCAGGGUUCAUCCUGGGCUGUGGCUGCCAAAUGAUGCCAACUCCAGGAAGGCCUCCACUCACCCGGCAGCUGGGCUUUAGUAGGCCAGCCAUGCCCCAGCCUGCUCCAGCCCCUACAGGCUCCUGGCUUUCCUCAGUGUUGCUGCCAUGGGGCUCAGGUUGUGUGUAGCUCCUGCUGCUGCCCUUCCAGCUCCUGCAGGCUCUGUGCCACCUGGCAGGGAAGGGCUGAUGCCAAGAGAGCCUGGGCACAGCUCCCACCUGGGGCAGGGCUGGCAGGGCAGAGGUGGGGAGCAGAGGGCAGACCACAAGGCCUGGACCCGCCUGUCCCCUCAGCCCCGCUCCAUCCCUCACCCAGCCUUCCUGGCUGCUGGCUUCCGUCCCAUGUCUGUCAGGGAAUCUGAGGCUUUGGGCAAUUGGGCUAGUUCUUCCCCCUGGGCUCACACCUCUAGGGAUGUGAAGUGGCCAUUUUCCCCCAGCUGCUGUCCUUCCUGCACAGUCUGGGCUUGAAGACAGUGUUCCUGACUUCAUGCCUGAACUCCUUAUGCUGCCCAAGGAGCUGUUCGGCCCCCACCAGGUCCCCAGCCAGCUCUUCUGAGGAUACCAGUGCCUGCCCCUCCUGAGCCCACACUCUACAAGAUGGAAAGGAAGUUGUGGCAGGGCUGGCAGGGUAUUCUGGGGGCAAGGGCAGAGAGUUGUGCUCCUCCAGAAGCCGGAUGACUGCCCAUCCUUACAGAGAAGGACACCACCUACAGCCUGUGCCGGUUGCUGGCUGUGCUCCUGGGCCUUCAUCUCCAGGGUGGCCCAGGCCCCUUGCACCUUGGCCAGCAGCUCAGCCAGGCCCUCUUGAGCCACAGGGUGCUGCUGGCCCAGUUGGCAGGCCUCUGUCUGCAUCAGUGCUGCCUCUUUUCUAUUGCUGCCAGUUCCCUCUGCAAUAAGAGCCCAAGAUCAGCCUCAGUCUGACCCCUGACCCCUGCCUGUCCCAUGCAUGUCUAGGCUUCUUAGGAGCACUGCUCUUAAACCUGGGUCAAGUUCUGGGGCCGCACAGGAAGGUGUCAGGGAUUCUGGGGAGAGGGCUGGGUGAAGGAAAGGCUCUGAGACAAAGCCUUCCCCUCUGUCUCUGAGGUGCUCAGAUGGGCAGGCCUUGGGUGAUCCCCUUGCCCGCAGAUACCUGUCCUACUGCUGUAAGGGCUGCACAGGUGACAGGUUGCAGCCAUGGAGCUCUCCCUCCAAUUGGGCGGUUUUCUCCUGCAUCAGGCCCUGGAGCUCUGGUGCCUUCUGUUCAAAGCCAUGGAGCUUGUGGGCAAUGGCUCUGAGAAAAGUUCUGGGAGAGGACAGAGGGGCUGCUGGGGCUGACUCAGCUCCUAGGGCACCCUUCUCCCUGAGACUCGGCCUCCAGGGCCACGUCCUGUGAAGGGGGGCUUGGUGAUGAACGCGUGGAGGAGAGUGCCUGUCUGAGGAAGGCUGGUCUGAGAUCUGGGGGUGUGUGAAGGGAGGAGGCUGCAACACUGGUGGGAACUUGGAGAGGAGAGGACCCACCCCAGGCCAGGGCCCUCGGAGAUGAUGUCUGUUGGGCACAGGGAGCUAGGCUGCUCUAAGAGACACAAGCAGCUGUGGUAACCAGAUGUGGAGGCUCACCCCUGUAAUCCCAGCACUUUGGGAAACUGAGACAGGAGGAUCACAAGUUCGAACCUAGC